UCUCUACCAAUCUCUACCGGUCAUCAGUCACGCAAAGCGACAAGCGUAGCGAGGACAGUGCGAGUCGGUGGUGCGCCUGUGUCGUUCCUCUCUUUUCGACUUUUUGCACGGGUUCGCGCUCAAUUCGUGGAGUGGUGAUCGUGAGGGUAAAGGAAGGAGCAUGCGCUGCGUCAAGUCGGUUCUCUGACGGACAUCCGGAUCAUCGCGGAGAUAAGAGCAUUUGCAAGACUCGUUCAGGAAUAACCGUUCAGGAAGAUAAUUCAACAUGGGACGUACGGUGACCGUCGCCGUUUGUACGUUGAACCAAUGGGCGAUGGACUUCGACGGGAAUACCAGAAGAAUUUUGCAGAGUAUACAAGAGGCGAAGGACGCCGGUGCCACUUACAGGAGCGGUCCCGAGCUUGAAAUCUGCGGUUACAGCUGCGAGGACCACCUCUACGAGUCGGACACGUUGCUGCAUAGUUGGGAAGUUGUAGCGACCAUUCUGAAAUCCAGUAUUUGCGAGGACAUACUGAUAGACGUGGGUAUGCCGGUGAUGCACAAGAACGUGACGUACAACUGCAGGGUAGCCUUUCUGAAUCGGCGGAUUUUGCUGAUCAGGCCGAAAAUGCGACUCUGCGAGAACGGCAACUACAGGGAAACCAGAUGGUUCUCUCCUUGGACAAAAGAACGUACGGUCGAGAAUUAUUUCCUGCCACGAAUGAUAUCGGAAAUCACUGGUCAGACUGACGGCGUGCCGUUCGGUGAUGCUGUUAUCGCGACGAGGGACACGUGCGUGGGUUUCGAAAUAUGCGAGGAACUUUGGCACCCAGCCAGCAAUCAUAUUCCGAUGUCAAUGGAUGGCGUGGAAAUUAUCGCGAACGGAAGCGGUUCGUACUUCGAGCUACGUAAAGCCUACGUCAACAUCGAUCUUGUUAAGUCGGCUACGUUCAAAGCUGGCGGUUGCUAUAUGUAUAGUAAUUUGCGCGGAUGCGACGGCGGCAGACUGUAUUUCAACGGUGGCUCCAGCAUCACGCUCAACGGCAAUAUAUUAAAUCGCGGACGUCAAUUCGCUCUCGAGGAUGUCGAAGUGACCAUCGCCACGUUCGAUCUCGAGGAUAUAAGGAAUUAUCGGAACAGCAUCAGAUCGCGAUCGCACGCGGCCGCCGCAUCGCCCAGUUAUCCACGCGUGAAAAUCGAUUUUGCACUCACGCCAGAGAGUCUCAUCUCGAAUCCGCCGGACCGACCGCUCGACGGAGUCCAGGAUGUGUACGGCGACAACGAGGGGCACUCGAGUCUCGUGUAUCACACCGCGGAAGAAGAGAUUGCGAUGGCACCCGCGUGCUGGCUGUGGGACUAUCUGAGACGAUCUUGCCAAGGUGGAUUUUUCUUACCACUGAGCGGUGGCGUCGACUCGUCGUCUUCAGCGUGUAUCGUAUAUUCGAUGUGCGAAAUGAUCGUCGAAUCGGUCGGUAGAGGAGACACACAGGUCUUAGCGGAUAUCAGGAAGAUCGUCGGCGAUUGCGAAUACAUACCGAUAGAUCCGAAGCAGUUGUGCAACACCAUCUUGGUCACGUGUUACAUGGGAACGGAGAACUCGUCGGCGGAGACCAAAGCUCGAGCGGCCGAGUUGGCCAGUCAAAUAGGGUCCUAUCAUCAUGGGAUAGUCAUAGAUACUGCAAUAUCCGCGAUUUUAGGGAUCUUCCAACAGGUUACUAAACUGACACCGAGAUUCAGAGUGCAGGGUGGAUCGCCUAGAGAGAAUCUGGCCUUGCAAAAUGUACAGGCUCGGUUACGAAUGGUGAUUGCUUACUUAUUCGCUCAAUUAAUGUUGUGGGUCAGAGGCCGUCCGGGUGGCCUCUUAGUAUUAGGGAGCGGUAACGUGGACGAAGCCUUACGCGGUUACCUCACUAAAUACGAUUGCAGCAGCGCCGACAUCAAUCCUAUCGGUGGCAUAGCAAAGAAUGAUUUGAAAAAGUUUCUCCUGUACUUUAGACGUAAACACGGAAUAUCCGCUUUGGACAAUAUCCUGGAGGCGCCGCCUACCGCGGAAUUAGAACCGCUGCAGGCGGGACAGCUUGCGCAAUUAGACGAAGUCGACAUGGGUAUGACCUACAAGGAAUUGUCAGUUUUCGGACGGUUAAGGAAGCAGGAUAAGGCCGGGCCUUUCUCAAUGUUCUGUAGACUCGUGCACAUGUGGAACCAUUGUACUCCGAAAGAAGUUGCCGAUAAGGUGAAACACUUCUACAGAUGUUACGCUAUUAAUCGUCACAAAAUGACGAUAUUGACUCCGUCCUGCCACGCGGAGACGUACAGCCCCGACGACAAUCGAUUCGAUCACCGUCCCUUCCUCUAUAAUCACUCUUGGAAGUGGCAGUUUGCGGCGAUCGAUGAACAGGUGAAACGACUUAGCAACGAAGAGAAGCAUUCGUCCAGAUCGCACAAGGGUGCUCCGAAAGUGCCUGCCAAGCCCAGAUAUAUGCCGUUCAGCUCCGUGAUCAGCAAUAAAACGCAUCCUGGAGUAGUAGUUUAACCGUAGCCGUAGCACUCUCUUAUCAUUUUGAUAUUGCAGCGCUGCGAUAGAUGGAUGUGACAUUGCAAUUGUCAUGGACACUUUGUUCGCCCCUGGUAUUAAUACUUAUAGGGCAUCUUCGCGAGCCCAAAAGCAGCAGCAAAAGAUAUUUUGUGACAUUUUAAAUACACAACAAAGGAAAUCUACCAAUAAAGAGUAUGAUAUAAAAAGA